CCAACGCUUUCGGCAACCUGAACUGGCCUCAGUACACCAAGAACAACAAGGUGCAGAUGGUCAUGAACGGUAUCCCUUCCAUCAUGGGCGACACUUACCGUCCCCAGAUGAAGAUCUUCACCGACGACCCUGCCCCACGCCUUUCCAACAACUAAAAGGCGCGAGGCUCUCGCGCAGGCAACUUGUUGGGAACCUUUUUCUUCCUUUCGAAAAGCAGCAUUCAUCUAUACACACAAAACGUCAUGGACCAUUCUUUCACCUUGCUCGGCCUUCCAAAAGAAGAGCCCCGGGCGCCAUUGGGAUUUGGAACUUCUUGUAUAUGCGCGCGCGCGACAUCGUCUCGCUCAUACCAUCAUCACCACCGCCUGCCUUCCUGCCUGCCUUUUUUUUUUUCCCGCAUCCAAUUUCGCUUUCUAUACAAGACUUGUCCUCGCGCUCGUCCAACCAUUUACCUUUCUAAUGGCAAUAAAGAUUGCCCCCCCCCCUCGUCGAUUAGCGCGCUGUUCUGCACAGCGCCUAGCUCUUGUUCUUUUCUUUGUUCCACACACAACACACACACACACACCUCCCUACUCUGCGAUCGCAAAAGCGACACGACGCAAAUAACACCUAGUCAUCCGCCCACGCCUCGUCCUCGAAUGUGUUGCGCGCGCGCGCGCGUGUGCGAGUCGCGAUCCUACUGCCUGCAGCGAUCAAAUCGGGCUUGGUCGACUGCGAUUGGCCCCGCCGAUGAGGGCGCCGAGCGUGCCAUCGUGUCGACAUGUUGCAUUGCAAUGCGGCUCGCUUAGCCAGUGUUGCCUCUUCUUUGCACGCAUGAUAAAUAUUAACGUUGCGGUCGGUGGAUUUCUACGAGCGUGCAAGUGUGCUCUCGAUUCGCGAGAGCGGUUCGUCGUGCUGACAGCCGCGCCGCCGCGCCCCUUGACUCGUAUCACGCCACCCUCUCCUCUCCUCUAAUCAC